AUGGGCAACACAAAAUCAUCAGUGGACGCCGAAAAAUCGGCGAAAAAAUCGACGACUCGCCGAAAAUCCGCAAACACGCCAAGCACCAGGUAACCCUAUUUUUUUGUCGAAAAAUGUUUGUAGUUUGAUCACGCGAGAAAAAAAACUUGUCAAAAAGUGUAACAAUUUUUUGAUGAGAAUAUGUCAAAAUUUUUUGUCAAUCAUGAAAAAAAAAGUUUUUUUUUUCUAUUUUUUGAGCCAAAAAAUGAUCUGGGGGUACUGUAGCAGGAUUACUGUAACUCUAAAAAUGUGUAGUCACAAUAUUUUUGUUCUUUAUUUUGAAUUCGAAAAUUUUUUGUAUCUACCGUAAUCUUCUGGUUCAAAAAUACAAAUUUUUUGAAGAUUUCGAAAAAAAGAAGUUUUAAAGGAACAUGCGGCUAUUCUUACUGUAGAAUUUCUAAAGGAUCAUAAGGUUUCUGAUCUACAGUAUUCAGAAUUUAAAGGAGCAUAUCUAAAUUUUUUAGAAAACAGAAAACACUCCUAGAAGUACUGUAGAAUCUUCAAAGGAUCAUGGAUUUAUGAUCUACAGUAUUCAAAAUUUAAAGGAGCAUAGCAAAUAUUUCCAGAUUCUAGAAAACAAGCCUAGAAGUACUGUAGAAUCUUUAAAGGAUCAUGGUUUUUGAUCUACAGUAUGCAGAAUUUGAAGGAGCAUGACUAAAAUGUUUAGAAAACAGAAAACAAGCCUAGAAGUACUGUAGAAUAUUUAAAGGUUCAUAACGUUUCUGAUCUACAGUAUUCAGAAAUUAAAGGAGCAUAUCUAAAAUUUUUAGAAAACAGAAAAUAAGACUAGAAGUACUGUAGAAUCUUUAAAGGAUCAUGGAUUUCUGAUCUACAGUAUGCAGAAUUUAAAGGCGCAUAUCUAAAAUUUUUAGAAAACAGAAAACAAGCCUAGAAGUACUGUAGAAUCUUCAAAGGAUCAUAAGGUUUCUUACAUACAACAGUAUGAAGAAUUUAAAGGAGCAUAACUAAAAUUUUGAGAAAACAGAAAACAAGCCUAGAAGUACUGUAGAAUCUUUGAAGGAUCUACAGUAUCCUGAAUUGUUUCUGAAGAUUUAUAAGUUCUAGGAUUUUAAAGGAACAUACAGUACCCCAAUCAAUAUUUCCAGUAGCAGUGGGCGUCAAUCGAUUUCCUCGCAAGGCAAUCGAAAACCAUUGCUCACAUUAUCGCAACGUCAAAUCAUCAAAUACUGUAUGGACAAUUCGAAAGAUGAUUUGGGCGAGAGAAUUGUGAGACGGGCACUGGAGAAACGCGACGAUUUCCGACAAUUCAUCGACAAUUUGACGAAAUCGCAAAAAUACGAAAAUUCACAGUAUUUGAAGCAAUUUUUGCAGGGAAUUUGUGAUAAUUUGACGGAUACUGAUGAAAUUAAUCGGUGCGUUUUUAAGCCUGAGACCUUAGCUAAGCCUAAGCCUAGCUAAGCCUAAGCCUAGCUAAGCCUAGCUAAGCCUAGCUAAGCCUAAGCCUAGCUAAGCCUAAGCCUAGCUAAGCCUAAGCCUAGCUAAGCCUAAGCCUAGCUAAGCCUAAGCCUAGCUAAGCCUAAGCCUAGCUAAGCCUAAGCCUAGCUAAGCCUAAGCCUAGCUAAGCCUAAGCCUAGCUAAGCCUAAGCCUAGCUAAGCCUAAGCCUAGCUAACUAAGCCUAGCUAAGCCUAAGCCUAGCUAAGCCUAAGCCUAGCUAAGCCUAAGCCUAGCUAAGCCUAAGCCUAGCUAAGCCUAAGCCUAGCUAAGCCUGAGCCUAUCUAAGCCUAAGCCUAGCUAAGCCUAAGCCUAGCUAAGCCUAAGCGUAGCUAAGCCUAAGCCUAGCUAAGCCUAAGACUUUAGCUAAGCCUAAGCCUAGCUAAGCCUAAGCCUAGCUAAGCCUAAGCCUAGAUAAGCCUAAGCCUUGCUAAGCCUAAGCCUAGCUAAGCCUAGCUAAGCCUAGCUAAGCCUAGCUAAGCCUAGCUAAGCCUAGCUAAGCCUAGCUAAGCCUAGCUAAGCCUAGCUAAGCCUAAGCCUAGCUAAGCCCAAGCUUAACUCUAGCUAAGACUAAGCCUAGCUAAGCCUAAGUCUAGCUAAGCCUAAGCCUAGCUAAGCCUAAGCCUAGCUAAGCCUAAGCCUAGCUAAGCCUAAGCCUAGCUAAGCCUAAGCCUAGCUAAGCCUAAGCCUAGCUAAGCCUAAGCCUAGCUAAGCCUAAGCCUAGAUAAGCCUAAGCCUUGCUAAGCCUAAGCCUAGCUAAGCCUAGCUAAGCCUAGCUAAGCCUAGCUAAGCCUAGCUAAGCCUAGCUAAGCCUAGCUAAGCCUAGCUAAGCCUAGCUAAGCCUAAGCCUAGCUAAGCCCAAGCUUAACUCUAGCUAAGCCUAAGCCUAGCUAAGCCUAAGUCUAGCUAAGCCUAAGCCUAGCUAAGCCUAAGCCUAGCUAAGCCUAAGCCUAGCUAAGCCUAAGCCUAGCUAAGCCUAAGCCUAGCUAAGCCUAAGCCUAGCUAAGCCUAAGCCUAGCUAAGCCUAAGCCUAGCUAAGCCCAAGCCUAGCUAAGCCUAAGCCUAGCUAAGCCUAAGCCUAGCUAAGCCUAAGCCUAGCUAAGCCUAAGACUUUAGCUAAGCCUAAGCCUAGCUAAGCCUAAGCCUAGCUAAGCCUAAGCCUAGCUAAGCCUAAGACUUUAGCUAAGCCUAAGCCUAACUCUAGCUAAGCCUAAGCCUAGCUAAGCCUAAGCCUAACUCUAGCUAAGCCUAGCUAAGCCUAAGCCUAAGCCUAGCUAAGCCUAAGCCUAACUCUAGCUAAGCCUAGCUAAGCCUAAGCCUAGCUAAGCCUAAGCCUAACUCUAGCUAAGCCUAGCUAAGCCUAAAAUUUUUUUUUUGCAGACUGGCCGAAGAGUUCGGCUGUAGCCACGUGCAAUUCCGGCCCAACGGCUUCAAGCCCGAUUUUUUCGCGUGCACCGCCGACGCCGUCACCACCGAAUGCACAUUUCUCGAUCAGGCGGCGCAUCCGACGAGCGAAACUGCGGCCGCCUGGUCGAUGUUGACGGCACACGUGUUUUCGCAAGUUCGAGAUGGGUAAGUUGAUUUUUGCGAGCGGAGAGCGAGUGUAGACCGCAAGCUUCCGCGCAGCGGCACUAUCUUCCGCGUAGCGGCCACGUGGCCAUACUGAAAAUCCUUGCCACGUGGAAAAUUUCGAAAAAAAACUACAACACUCCACGUUUACACCUUUCAGAACACCUUUUUUGCAAUUUUUCUGUGUGCCAUGUGGAUUAUUGUGACGUGAAGAAUCAGAAUGCUUCUCCACGUGGCCGCUACGCGGAAGCUUGCGGUUGACGUCACAAAAUUUGCUAGUUCGAGCGGAGCGAGUGUAGACCGCAAGCUUCCGCGCAGCGGCACUAUCUUCCGCGUAGCGGCCACGUGGCCAUACUGAAAUUCCGCGUCAAAACUACAACACUCCACGUUUACACCUUUAAGAACACCUUUUUUGCAAUUUUUCUGUGUGCCACGUGGAUAAUCAAUAUUGUUUGCCACGUCAUAGCAAGACCAUACAAGGCGCCCGUUGAGUCAGACGCGAGACGACGAGAGUAUUUUGCAAAAAUAUCUCGAAAAUGAAUUUCGCUUCGAGAUAUUUUCAAUAAAACAUGUGUUCCUUGAAACAAAAUACGGUAUUUUUUCAAAGGGACAUAUAUUUUCUCAAAAAUAUCUCGAAGCGAUGUCUUUCUCUGUCUCAGAUGACGUCAUCAGACUCCCGUCGUCUCUCGUCUGACCCGAGGGGCAAUUUUCUAUUGGAUUAAAUGAUCGUGACAGGCCGCUUAGCGGAAGACAGCGCCGCUACGCGGAAGCUUGCGGAUUGUUUACGUCACAAAAUUUGCCCUCAAAAUGUCCGGGGAUAUUCUUGCACUUUUUUGCUUUUCAUGUGAUAAAAAAACGGAAAAACAAGAUUUUCCGUGAUUUAUUUCAUGUAUUUUUGGUAUCCCUGGAAAAAAAAUGGAGAAAAACAACUUUACUUUGGCCGAAAUACGAAAAAAACAACAAAUUGAGGGAAAAAAGGACUUAACCGGGGAUUUUUUUUUUUGAAAAAGAGUUUCCUGGAAAAUUUGGGGCUCCUGGAAAGUUUUGGUUGAAAAAUUGGAAUUCUAGAAUUUUAGAAAGUCAGGUAGCUGCCACGUCUCAAAAAAACCCCCAACAUUUUCCAGCUACUACGCAGAACUCCGUCGCCAACGCAAAAGCAGCAACGCAUUCCGCACGCGCGUCUCAGUAGAUGUUUCGACCGGAACCGAUGACGCGACAAGUGUAUCAAGUGCAACACGUCGCUCCAAUUCACCACAAGAUGAUUUGGCGGGUUGCGAAAAUCUGCCAAUUGAUGCGAAUCAUUCGGUUUGUCCACCUCCCUCGAAUCAGCAGGGAUCACAAACCAAUUUUUUGGCACCACCCACGGUUUAUUGA